GACGUCUGACAAAAUGGCGCGGACUUGGUUCAAUGAUAGAAACGCCGCAGAGAGGUGACACACUUUUCACUGUCGUCUUGCUCAACUUCAGAGUAGCUGACUCCGCAUCAGUGCUUUUACUGAAACGCAGGCCUUGUUGGCAGACAAGGAGACAUGGACUCUAUCCGUGAUUGAAGCAUCCAGAGGCGAUGAUUUCGCGAUGACACAAAGGGGCGCUGUCUCUACACUCUAUCAAUGCACCGAGCAAGAUAUUCGAUCUCAGAUCACGGCCUUCCGCGAUGAUCAUGGGUCCGAACUCGAUCGAAAUGCCCAAUACGAUUCGUUGAGCCUUGAAGUGCGAGCCUCAAUGAAAUUGGCGGGAAUUUCAAAGAAGGUCUGGAUAGAGAAUCGCAGCGACUGGUCGAAGCAUAAAUCCGGAGCCGUGCUUCAGAAGAGUAUCACAAUAUUUGCAAGUUUUCUCGAAAACUUCUCGGGAAUAGCCACGAUCGCCAAGGCCGCAGAUCAGCAGUAUGGUGGCAUCGCCUUUGGCACAAUCUCUUUACUGCUCAGUGUGGUCGUGCACAAAGCGCAACGGGAGCAGACGCUUGAAGACGCUUUCGAAGAGAUUAGUUCCAACUUACCUCGCCUCGACACUUUGACCAGACUCCGUAGAGAGGAGUCGGAUCCGGAACAGACGCGGCAUUUCCAGAAGCUCAUGGAACUCAUCGCAUCGACGUUCUUUCAUAUUGUCCAAUUCGCACGUCAGGCGACAGAAUAUUAUGGCUCAGUCAAGCAGAGGUGGAAGGACACACUCCGGUCUGAGCCGACCAAGAACAAAACGAUCGAGAAGAUUCGUAAGAAUCUGCAGGAAAUCCGAUGGGUGUGUGAUAUGUUGAUGAUUCUGAAAAUGGACGCUCUGCAACGCAAUCUUAGUGAUAUGCGCACCGACGUGGGUAGCAUGCGCAUCGACGUGAGUGGCACGUACAAGGAGGCCAUCACGUCAAGCGAUCGCAUACUGAAGGCCCAAUCAUCUUGGAAUGCCGCUCACUUGACGGAGCUUCGACGCCUGUUGAACGUUCCUGCGCACGGAGACCACACCAAUCUCGAACACUACAAAAAGAUCUUGUUGCAGAUCCUCUUUGAUGGUUCCCCUUCGACAGGUACUCGGCAUGUGAGACCCAAGGAGAUUACCAUGGAUCUCCUGAGGCAAGACUCAGACUUCAACGAAUGGUGGCAAAGCAAGAAGUCAUGCAUGUUCCUCGCCGGAGGCUCGAACUUCGAAGAGAAAAGUGGCUCAGUGGAUUUGAAUUGGAUUUCUUUGGCAGCAGUCCUGGUAGUCGAAGCAGCUCGCAAGCACAACCCCAAGACUGCAGUGUAUCUUGCCCAGACUAGCUUCACCGUUACGAAGCGAAAACGCAGUGCCAAUUGGGCGAUCCUCGCGAACAUAAUUUACCAGCUCGCAGAAAUGCAUGAAGAUCUGCUUCGCAGCAAGCUUGACACGAUCCAAUCAGCGGUUCUCGACGCUGCUUGGAGAUCGAGCAAUGCCGAAACCUUCAUGAAUCAUGUGCAUCCUCUGCUGGUGGACAUCUUGAAAGCUUUCUCGACCGACGACGAGAUCAUCAUCGUAAUCGAUCGUCUUGACAAGUCACAGUGUGCGUGGGAAGACGACGACGAAUGCGACAGCCACACGAAUAUGCUGUAUUACAUGGAAGGCCUGCUACGCAUAGCUGCAGACGCACACUGUCGCAUCAAGAUAUUUCUCACUGUCGAUGCCGCUCGCUUACGGAGAACCGAUAGACGAACAAUCGUCUUACCGUUAGCCAGAAAUCAAAAGGAGGCGCUCUUGUUGAAAAAAGAAUGGUGUCAGGUGACGGAGGAAGUGUUUUAGUUGAAUCAUAGUGCAUGUUCUGGUAGCUUAUCCUGAAACGACGUCACGUUGAUUCGAGGCUGUGUCAAGCUUAUGAGCCUUUG